AUGGCUCGCUACUCUUUCGCAUUCGCUGCUCUUGCAGCAAGCGGUGCCUACGCCGCCCAGGGGGCGGCUUACGCGCAGUGUGGUGGACAAGGCUUCACCGGUGCCACUGCCUGUGUAUCUGGCUACCACUGUGAGGUCCAGAACGACUGGUACUCUCAGUGUGUUCCUGGCGCUGGCUCAGGAGCCGCGGCCCCUGCUGCUCCCAAGACCACCAUGGUCACUAUGGCACGAACCUCGACUCCUGCGACCAAGACUUCCACCAAGGCAGCCGCUGCUGCUACCAACAAGGCCGCUGCUGUAGCUGCCGCUCCUGCCUCGUCCAGCGGAAAGACCCAGUAUGCUGGUAUGAACAUUGCUGGUUUCGAUUUCGGAUGCGACACAUCUGGAUCCUGCAGCGGAGCCUACGUCGACCCCGGUGCGAACGGAAUUGCUCAGAUGCAGCAUUUCACCAAGGACGACAAGCUUAACAUCUACCGUCUUCCCAUCGGAUGGCAGCACCUUGUCGGCAACAAGCUCGGUGGUGCCCUUGAUGCCACUGUCGCUGGAGCCUACGACAAGCUCGUCCAAGGCUGCUUGGCCACCGGCGCUGUCUGCCUCAUCGACCUCCACAACUACGCCCGCUGGAACGGCCAGAUCAUUGGCCAGGGCGGCCCAACCAACGACCAGUUCGCCGACAUCUGGUCCAAGAUCGCGACCAAGUACGCGUCUGAGAGCAAGAUCGCUUUCGGCCUGAUGAACGAGCCCCACGACCUCACCAUGUCCACCUGGGCCGACUCCGCCCAGGCUGCCGUCAACGCCAUCCGCAAGGCAGGCGCCAAGUCCCAGAUGAUUCUCGUCCCUGGAACCGACUACACAUCCGCGGGUACCUUCCCCACUGCCAGCGGUCCUUCCCUCCUCAAGGUCAAGGACACCGACGGCACGACCGACAAGAUCAUCUUCGACGUCCACCGUUACCUCGACAGCGACAACUCUGGUACCCACGCCGAAUGCACCAGCGACCACGUCGAGGACUCUUUCGUUCCCCUUGCCACCUGGCUCCGCACCAACAAGCGCCAGGCUAUCCUGUCCGAGGUCGGUGGUGGUAACACUGCUUCGUGCGAGACUGAUGUCUGCGCUGCUCUCGCUAGCUUGAACAAGAACAGCGAUGUCUACCUCGGUUACAUUGGCUGGUCGGCUGGUGCUUUCGACCAGAGCUACGUCCUUGGAUUGACUCCCAACGGUUCGACUGACCAGGCACUUGUCACCAAGUGCUUCAGCCGUGCUUAG